AAAUUGCAAUUUUUUUAAAAGCCACAGAUAUGCAUAUUUCUUGCAUAUCAUCACAAAAGUGCCCUUCAUCUCACAUCUCCAAGUGAACAACAAAACCUAGCAAAAGAAAGAUACAGGAACACAACAUACGAAGUCAGCAAAACAAGAAACAAGCUAAUCAAGCCACAUCUCAAGAUCUCCAAUUAUGGGGAAAAGGCCCACCUUCCCCACAGUGCCAAAAGCAACAUUGGCAAUGCCACAAACGCCCUCUGUUUCACAUUUAACGGAAUGCAUAUGUUUUGCGUUUAAGCAAUGGGGCCCCUGAAACUUGUCGUGUCAUAGUGCUUCAGCAUGUCUUAAUCCAGCCCAGAGCCAAACACUCCCACGUAACCUAAUCAUAACCAUUCCAUUAUUGAAACUUUUGAAGAGAAGAAAUUGACUCAAGGGGAGUGGCUCGGCUUCUUUGGGUGGGACUCUGUAGGUAUAAUACUCAAUUGAGAGACAAGUUCUGUUGCCAUGACAACUGCUUUCAGAGGAAAGCCUUUUAAAUACCAGAGGGCAAACUAAGGACCUUCCAAAACCACACAGAGACGCAGAUCUGUUCCGAAGACUAGAACCAUGAGCACGGCAGGGAAAGUCAUCAAAUGCAAAGCAGCUGUAGUCUGGGAACCUAAGAAACCAAUCAGCAUUGUGGAAAUAGAAGUGGCUCCACCAAAAGCACAUGAAGUUCGUGUUAAGAUUUUGGCUACUGGAAUCUGCCGCACAGAUGACCAUAUAGUGAGUGGCUCAAUAAAGACGAACUUUCCCGUUAUUCCUGGUCAUGAAGCAACCGGUAUUGUGGAGAGUGUUGGAGAAGGUGUUACCAAUUUGAAGCCAGGGGACAAAGUCAUUCCACUCUUUCUCCCCCAGUGUGGGGAAUGCACUGUUUGCAAAAAUCCUGAAGGCAACCUGUGUGAAAAGAAUGACCUUGGUGUACCUAGAGGAGUAAUGUAUGAUGGCACCAGCCGGUUCACUUACAAAGGGAAGCCAGUUCACAAUUUUUUUAGCACCAGUACCUUCACGGAAUACACUGUCUUGCAUGAAGAUUGUGUGGUCAAAGUUGAUGCUGCAGCUCCUCCUGAAAAAGUGUGCUUGAUUGGCUGUGGAUUUUCGACCGGCUAUGGGGCUGCCAUCAAAUCUGCAAAGGUUCAACCUGGUUCUACCUGUGCUGUUUUUGGGCUGGGAGGAGUGGGUCUCUCUGCAGUCAUGGGCUGUAAAUCAGCUGGUGCUUCCGAGAUCAUUGGGAUUGAUAUCAACAAGGAUAAAUUCCCUCUGGCUAAACAGCUGGGUGCCACCCAAUGUAUCAGCCCUCUGGAUUUCAAGAAGCCCAUCAAUGAAGUGCUGUUUGACAUGACUAACGGUAGAGGCGUAGACUAUUCAUUUGAAGUGAUUGGGCGCACAGAUACCAUGAUUGCUGCCUUGGCUUCCUGCAACAUGAACUAUGGAAUUAGUGUAGUGGUGGGAGCACCUCCUUCAGCAGCUGAGAUGACUUUCUCCCCAGCACUUAUCUUCACAGGCCGCACUUGGAAAGGAUGUGUAUUUGGAGGGCUGAAAAGCAAAGAUGCAGUCCCACAGCUGGUUUCAGAUUUCAUGGCAAAAAAGUUUUGUUUGGAUCCAUUAAUAACUCAUAUUUUGCCUUUUGAUAAAAUCAAUGAAGGGUUUGAGCUGCUCCGGAAAGGGAAAAGUAUUCGCGCCAUUCUGGUAUUUGGUGAUGAGCAACACACCAGAAAGUGACCUCUCCCGCCUGAGUUCCAUCACUUUAAACGACCACACCAGGCAUCAUAGAGGAGCUGCGGUGGAUCCUGCUACCAGUUUAUGGGUCAUUCUCAAGUCAAUCUUUCUUGGCAUAUAAUAGAACAAAACUUUUGUAAAUAUAAGAUAGCCUUGUCUAGUACUUCCAGGAGCAAAACAAAGCAAAAGCAAAACAAUAAUCAACCAUGGGUGGUGGGAAUUAGGCUGCAACCCUACAAACCCAUGGAAGUAAAUUCCCAUUGAAUUCAAUGGGAUCCUUAUUUCUUAGGGAGCAUGCACUGUUAAUCAGUAUGUUGAAACUGUUCUACAUAAUACAUUUGAUAUUUUUAUAUUGUGAACAACAAUAAUGAAAAUUAUUAGUGAUACAUAACUACAAAGAUUUCUCGAGUAUCGACAGUAAAAAUGCUGUUGCUCUGAAAUGUAACAUUUUAUAUUUUGAUUUGAAAUAUUAGCAGUGGUAAAAAAAU